CAAAAACAAAGUUCUUCGCUCGGCUCCAUCAUAAAAUCCUCGUGCACAUGUGGUCAGCAUCGUCGGAAUAUUAUUCGUCUUGAAUUAUCGUCUUAAUACCCGAAAUCUACGCAAUUUCGCAAUGGAUACGAGUGAUCUGUUCCGAAAGCUCACCUGUGGAGUAAAGUUCUCCGCUAAAAAUAAUUCACUGCUUAAAAGAAAGCGCAUCCCAGCGACAAAGACGCCGGAGAAUUCGACCGAGAUCAAGUUGGAAAUUAAGGAGGAAGAUGAUUCGGACAGUGGUAUUAAAAAGCCGGAACCAAUACCAAUUUUCCCUCACAGCCCACUGGUGCUAAGCGAAGACGACAUUAAGGAUGAAAUAAAAUCGGAAGAUGACGAGAACAAUGAUUUGACGGAGCACAAACGAAUCAAACUCAUGUCACCGGAAAAGUUCAAACGCUACCAGCAGCACCGUGCCAACCGGUUACGAAACAUUCACCAAAUCAAGCUGAAGAAAUGCACCGUUCCGGUACCGGAUCCGAUCGAAAACUUCCAGCAGCUGGCAGCUGCCGAAGGUUUUAACGUUUCCAAUCAGCUAAUCAGGAAUAUAGUCGAAUGUGGCUACAAAAGUCCGACGCCGGUUCAAAUGCAAGCGAUUCCGGUGCUGCUGGAAGGGCACACUCUGCACACAUGCGCCCCAACCGGAUCGGGCAAGACGGCAGCAUUUUUGAUUCCGAUCAUACACCACCUGAAGAAACCGAUGAAGUGUGGAUUCCGAGCGUUGGUAAUUUGUCCCACCAGGGAGUUGGCUAAACAAACGCAGCGCGAAGCGCUGCGUCUUUGUGAGGAUAUUAAUCUGAGAACGCACGUUAUAACGAAGGUCGAUGAAGCGAGUACCGAUUACGGGUUGGAAAGUAAAAAGCACUACGAUAUUCUGGUGACGACUCCGAAUCGAAUCUGCUUUCUGGCUAACCGUGAUCCGCCGUUGAUUGAUUUGAGUAACAUUCAGUACGUGGUGGUUGACGAAGCUGAUAAGCUGUUUGAGGAGUCCAAGAACGGGUUCCGGGAGCAGUUGGACACGAUAAUGAAUGCUUGUACGAAUCCGUGCAAAGUGGUGGCUUUUUUCAGUGCUACCUCGACACGAGAGGUUUCGGAAUGGGCAGGGGCUAAUAUGCCGAAUCGGGUUCGGUUUUCGAUCGGAACGGCUAACACUGCUGUUGAUCUGGUGGAUCAGGAGCUGCUGUUUGUGGGGAAUGAAAGUGGUAAGCUGUUGGCGUUUCGUGAGAUGGUUCAUAAGGGACUGAAUCCGCCGGUGUUGGUGUUCGUGCAAAGCAAAGACCGAGCCCAGCAGUUGUUCACGGAGCUGAUCUAUGAUGGGUUGAACGUGGAUGUAAUUCACGCCGAUCGGAGUCAGCGGGAACGAGACAACGUGGUCCGUUCGUUUCGGGAGGGGAAAAUUUGGAUUCUAAUCUGUACGGAACUGAUGAGCAGGGGAAUCGAUUUCAAGGGUGUGAACGUUGUGGUAAAUUACGAUUUUCCACCGUCGACGAUCAGCUACGUGCACCGGAUUGGGCGAACUGGUCGUGCUGGGAGACGCGGGAAGGCGGUCACUUAUUUUACCAAGGAUGAUACCACGAAUCUGAGAAGUAUAGCUCAGCUGAUUAGGAAGGCGGGCGGUAGUGUUCCGGAGUACAUGCUGAAGUUGAGGAAAAGUUCGAAGAGGGAUAAGAAAAAACUGGAACAGAAGGCACCGAAGCGGGCGGCUAUUCGAACACUGCCGGCCUUUGAGAUGCAGGAACGGGCCAAAAAGAAGAAGCUGAUCGCUCGGUCGAAGGCGGAUAAGCGUCAGAGGAGUGCCCAAUCGAACGGGUUUCAGAAAAAGGCGGGGAAGAGUAAACUUAAGUAGAUUUGUUAUCCAUCUUAUCGUUUCAUUAGAUAAUAAAAAUGUAUUUCUCAAACUUUA